CUGGACGCGCUGGGUGGAUGCGGGGGGCUCCUGGGAACUGGGUUGGAGCCGAGCGAGCGCUAGCCAGGCGCAAGCGCGCACAGACUGCAGCCGCCCGAGUACCCCCCGCCCCCACAGCCCACCCGGAGACCCCAGCUCAGCGUCGCCUCCGGAUCCCCGGCAGUCCGCGGGAGUGUUGGAGAUUGGCGCGGGUCCCCGCCCUUCGCGCCCCCCACGGGAAGGAAGCACCCCCCCAUAUUAAAAAGAGCGGAGCGGAAAGAAGCGCUCAGUCGCCGGCCGGGGGCGAGCCGAUGCCGAGCUGCACCGCGUCCACCAUGCCGGGAAUGAUCUGCAAGAACCCAGACCUCGAGUUUGACUCUCUGCAGCCCUGCUUCUACCCGGACGAAGAUGACUUCUACUUCGGCGGCCCCGACUCGACCCCCCCGGGGGAGGACAUCUGGAAGAAGUUUGAGCUGCUGCCCACGCCCCCGCUGUCGCCCAGCCGCGCCUUCCCGGAGCACAGCCCGGAGCCCUCGAACUGGGCCAACGAGAUGCUGCUGUCCGAGGCCGACCUGUGGGGCGACCCGGCCGAGGAGGACGCGUUCGGUCUGGGGGGACUGGGCGGCCACCCCAACCCGGUCAUCCUGCAGGACUGUAUGUGGAGCGGCUUCUCCGCCCGCGAAAAGCUGGAGCGCGCCGUGAGCGAGAAGCUGCAACACGGCCGCGGGUCCCCGGUCACCCCGGCCCCAGGAGCGGGCGUCACCAGCCCUGCGGGCCGCGCGCACGGCGCGACGGCGGGAUCCGGCCGCUCCGGGGCCGCCUUGCCCGCCGAGCUCGCCCACCCGGCCGCCGAGUGCGUGGACCCCGCCGUGGUCUUCCCCUUCCCGGUGAACAAGCGCGAGCCGCCGCCCGUGCCUGUCUCUCCUGCCGGUAACCCUGCGGCCGGCCCUGCUGUAACCGGUGCCACCGCCCCGGCCGCUACCCCGGUGGCUGCCCCUCCACGCGCAGGCGGCCGCCCGGCUAGCGGUGGUGACCACAAGGCCCUCAGCACCUCCGGAGAGGACACCCUGAGCGACUCAGAUGAUGAAGAUGAGGAGGAAGACGAAGAAGAGGAAAUUGAUGUGGUCACCGUGGAGAAGCGCCGUUCCUCCUCCAACAACAAGGCUGUCACCACGUUCACCAUCACCGUGCGUCCCAAGAACGCAGCCCUGGGCCUGGGGCGCGCACAGUCCAGCGAGCUCAUCCUCAAACGCUGCGUCCCCAUCCACCAGCAGCACAACUACGCCGCGCCCUCGCCCUACGUGGAGAGCGAGGAUGCGCCGCCCCAGAAGAAGAUCAAGAGUGAGGUGUCCCCGCGUCCCCUCAAGAGCGUCAUCCCCCCAAAGGCUAAGAGCCUGAGCCCCCGAAACUCAGACUCGGAGGACAGCGAGCGUCGUCGCAACCACAAUAUUCUGGAGCGCCAGCGCCGCAAUGACCUGCGGUCCAGCUUCCUCACGCUCAGGGACCACGUGCCCGAGCUGGUGAAAAACGAGAAGGCCGCCAAGGUGGUCAUCUUGAAAAAGGCCACCGAGUACGUGCACGCGCUGCAGGCCGAGGAGCAGCAGCUUCUGCUGGAAAAGGAAAAACUGCAGGCCAGACAACAGCAGUUGUUAAAAAGGAUCGAACACGCUCGGACUUGCUAAACGUUUCCCAAAUGGACAGUCACUGCCACUUUGCACAUUUUGAUUUUUUUUUUUUUUUAAACAUUGUGUUGACAUUAAGAAUGUUGGUUUACUUUUCCAAUCGGUCCCCUGUGGAGUUUGGAUCUGGGUAGGGGGUUCUGCCAGGAGCUUGGAGAGAGCCUCAUGAUGGGUGGCUUCUCCACUUCGUCUCCUGUGACAGCUGUGGAAGUUUGUGACCAUUGAGAGCCUCUGGGGCUGGGGAAGUCACCUUGUUCGUGUUGGGAGUUUCCAAACAACUGGAGAGUCAUUCCUUUUUCCAAUGGUGCUUAAGUUCGAGCGGAUGCCAGCCACUUAAGGGGCUUUGCCAUUUGAUGCCCCUGGGAACAUUUCUGUAAAUACCAUUGACACACCCGCCUUUUGCAUACGUCCUGGGUAAUGAAUGGAAGAGGUGGCUCUUGUGGCCAGUAUUAGACUGGACAUUCACACCUAAGUACUGUAAUGAUACCUCAAUGUUUGAGGAGCAUGUCUGUAUACAGAUAUAUUGUUAAUCUCUGUUAUGUACUGUACUAAUUCCUACACUGCCUGUAUACUUUAGUAUGAUGCUGAUACAUAACUAAAUUUGAUACUUAUAUUUUCGUAUGAAAAUGAGUUGUGAAAGUUUUGAGUAGAUAUUACUUUAUCACUUUUUGAACUAAGAAACUUUUGUAAAGAAAUUUACUAUAUAUAUGCCUUUUUCCUAGCCUGUUUUCUUCCUGUUAAUGUAUUUGUUCAUGUUUGGUGCAUAGAACUGGGUAAAUGCAAAGUUCUGUGUUUAAUUUCUUCAAAAUGUAUAUAUUUAGUGCUGCAUCUUAUAGCACUUUGAAAUACCUCAUGUUUAUGAAAAUAAAUAGCAAUUAAA